AUGCCCACACUAUCCCCCGAACUAGCUACCUCCAUCGCCGACUCUGUCGCGCAAGGAUUCAAAGACCAACUCGCCUACACCCAACAACUAGUCCGCACCGGCGGCCAACGAGGCGAAGAACACGCCGUCCAAAAAAUAGUCUACGACAACUUCCACUCACGAGGCUACAAAACAACCCAACUAGAAAUGCAACAGCAACUCCUAUCCCAACACGAAGGCUCCGGCAAAUUCAGCGCCGAGCACUCCCAAGCCCCAAACGUGAUAGGCAUACACGAACCCAAAGCGCAAGCACAAGGUAAAAGCCUAAUUCUCAACGCGCACAUCGACAUAGUCCCCACAGGACCAGUGGAUCUCUGGACGCGCAACCCCUACAGCGGUGAUAUCGAAGGUGAUCGACUCUACGGCCGAGGCGGGGCAGAUAUGCGAGCUGGCAGUGCAGCGAAUCUGUAUGCAUUGGAUGCACUGAGACGAUUAGGACUGCAGCCUGCAUCACGGGUGAUUUUGGAAUCAGUCGUUGAGGAGGAGUCGACUGGGAAUGGGACGCUGAUGACGCAUUUGGCGGGGUAUAGGGCUGAUGCGGUGAUUAUCCCCGAGCCUAUGGAUGAGAAGCUUGUGCGGGCCAAUACGGGGGUAUUGUGGUUUCAGGUUGAGGUGAAGGGGAUUCCAGUUCAUGUUAGGGAUAUGUCUACAGGGACGAAUGCGAUUGAUGCCUGUUGGAGGGUUGUGGGGGGAUUGAGGGAGUUGGAGAAGGAGUGGAAUGGGAAGAAGAUUGGGAAUAUUUAUUUUGAGAAUGAGGGGCAUCCAUUGAAUUUGAAUGUCGCCAAGAUCAAUGCUGGGGAUUGGGCUUCGUCGGUUCCAUCCUGGUGUCGGAUUGAUUGUCGGAUUGCUAUUUUCCCUGGUGUUAGUGCGAAGUCGGCGGCGGAGGAGAUCGAGGCUAAGGUGAAUGAAGUUGCUUGCAAUGAUGCGUUCUUGAGCCAGAAUAUGCCUACGGUGACUUGGAAUGGGUUCUUCUCGGAGGGAUACAUUCUUGAACCGGGAAGUGAGGCUGAGAAGACUUUGCAGUGGGCUCAUCAGCAAGCUACUGGAAAGGAGCUGCAGUCUUUCACUACUGCCGCUUAUCUUGACACUCGCGUUCAUUCCUUGUACGGCAAGAUUCCUGCACUGUGCUACGGGCCGAUCAGCAGUAACAUUCACGGGUUUGAUGAGUGGGUGAGCAUCAGCAGUCUGCAGCGGGUGACGACUGCUAUUGCAUUGUACAUAGCCGAGUGGUGUGGAGUGGAAGCUGUGUAG